AUGAAGCCGAUCGUAAAGGUCGGCAUUUUGGUGCUGUGCGUGGUGACGUUGCUGGCGACGGAAUGUCAGGCACAGUUGUCGAAUCCGGUUACUAGAGACUCACAUGUGAUCAAUGAGGGGAAUAAGUUCCUGUCGCGUCACGCGACAGCCGACAGCGAUGCGAUUCCAGCCGUCGACGAGGAGGCGAUGGGGAACAGCCGGUGUCCCGUGAAUCUGGAGUUGCAAUGGCAGGCGGAGGUCAGCAGCAGCAUCUACUCCACUCCCCUCGUCGCCGAUAUUAACCGGGACGGCAAGAUGGAGGUGGUGGUGCCGUCCUUCGUGCACUACCUGGAGGUGCUCGAUGGUUAUGAUGGUGACCGGCUGCAUGGCUGGCCGGCCUUCUACCGCUCCAGCACGCACACGAGCCCUCUGCUGUACGACAUAGACAAGGACGGCGUGAGGGAGAUCAUCCUUGCGGACUACAACGGCGAGAUCCUCUCCUUCACGCCUGGUGGCGAGGAGCUGACUCGUUAUAAGAUGAGUGUGCCGCGGCUGCGCAUCCGCAAGGAGUGGUAUGUGGGGCUGGACCCAGACCAUGUGGACCAUGCACACCCCGACAUCCACGCCCCCAUUGACGACGCAGCCAAGAACGCGUCCAGCCAGCACCAGGGGGGAGACCUUCUGAACCUGCCCACGGCCCACGCCGCUGACGCCCAUGCUGAGCGCGGCGCUGGUGGCUCUGACACCCACGCACCAGGCACACCGGGGCAGGCACAGGGUCAGCAGCAGGCACAGGGACAACAAGCACAAGGGCAGCAGGCGCAGGGGCAGUAUAAGACUCAGCCACUGCAGCAGCAGCCGCAGGAGGUGCAUCACGAGCACCACCCAGAGCAGCAUCCGGACAAGCAUACCGAGCAGCAGCAUGCAGCAGGAGGGGGCGGUUUGCCUCACGGGAGUGACCUGCAGCAGCCAGGCAUCCCCCACACAGCAGCAGACACCGCGUUUGGCACAGCCACUGCUGCUAGAACGCUCGCAGAGCAGCAGCACCCUCAGGCGCAAGCACAGGUGAAGGUAGAGAAUCCUCAGGUGGACCCGGGCCUGCCCCCUGUUGUAACUGCCGCGGGCGCUGCUGCUGGAGGUGCUAGUAGCGGGGGGAUUGACAUGCCCCCGCUUGUAGAGCCGCUGGCACAUGCCGCAGGCGCUGCUGCUGCUGGUGGGGGUGCUGGUGCUGUUGGGGGUGCUGCUGGGGGUGCUGGUGCUGCUGGGGGUGCUGGUGCUGCUGGGGGUGCUGGUGCUGCUGCAGGAGCGGGAGGGCGCGGGGCGGCGCUGGCAGAUCUGGAUUGUGGGAAGGACGGGUUGUGCAGCAAAGAGGCGCAAGCUGCAGCCGAGGCCAAGGCAGCCGCUGCCGCUGCUGCUGUCGCUGCUGCUAUGAGUGGGGGAAUCGCAGCAGCAGCAGGGGGACAGCAGGGGCAGCAGGGGCAGCAGCAGCCGGGGCAGGGGCAGCAGCAGGUGGAAGGUUCUGGGAAGGUCCAAGCAACGGAGGCGGAUUUACAGAAGAUUCAGUCAUGGGAGAAGUGGCACCAAGAUGUGACAGCCAAGGUGUCACCAGGAUCCCAAAUGGGGGAGAAGGAGCAGGCGCUGUGGAAGCACUACCAGGACUGGAAGAGCAAACUGCUGCUCCCAAGGGACAACUCGCCCCCUGCUGCUGGUGGAGGGGUGCAUGGGGCGCGUCGGCGGCUGCUGCAGGUGCAUGAGGAGAAGGCGGGGGCAGGGAGGGGUGGAGACGUGGGGGCAGCACGCAGGAGGCUGCUGCAGGUGCACGGGGACCACCAUGCUGGCGACCACGAGGAUGUGAGUCUAGGAAGGGGGGCUGCUGGGGUAGGUGGGAUGCAGGGUGGUCGUGUGUGGGUGCAUGUUGGUUCUGGGCGCAUGCAGCUGCCCGCAGGAGGCUGCUGCAGGUGCACGGGGACCACCAUGCUGGCGACCACGAGGAUUUCCCCACAGCAGAGCCGGACAUUCCCCACAGCAGAGCCCGACAGCGAGUUGGACGAAGAAGGAGCAGACUCGUGGGACGUGUUCAAGGAUGACGAUGAUUACUGGCAGCACUGGCCUAUACUCCUUACAUCUUCCCCACAGCAGAGCCCGACAGUGAGUUGGACGAAGAAGGAGCAGACUCGUGGGACGUGUUCAAGGAUGACGAUGAUUACUGGCAGCACUGGCCUAUACUCCUUACAUCGUUGCUACCGCCCCAUCAACCCCCCUUCCCCCAUACUCCCGUGUAUACCCCUUCCUGUUCACUCGCAGUUCCCCACAGCAGAGCCCGACAGUGAGUUGGACGAAGAAGGAGCAGACUCGUGGGACGUGUUCAAGGAUGACGAUGAUUACAAGCAGUGGGAGGGCGACGGGGAUGACUGGGCUGGGAACGCGGAGGGCGAGGGGGAGCCAGCGGGGGAGGGGGAGGAGCUGGGGGAAGAUGAGCACGAGGGUCACGGCGGGUGGGGGCAUCAUGGGGACGGGGAGGCGCACAAGGAGGAGCACAUAGAGAAGGAAGAGGGGGAGGAUGAUGAGUGGGGGGGUCCGCGGGCGGAGAAGGAGGAUGGGGACGAGUAUCAGUAUGAUUAUGAUGACUAUGUGAAUGAGAACAUGUGGGAGGAUGAGGACUGGACCGAGGCGGAGCACGAGGCAGAUAAGGAGUAUAUCCUCGUUGACUCGCACAUCCUCUGCACCCCGGUGAUAGCAGACAUUGACAACGACGGCCAUGAUGAGCUGGUGGUGGCGGCAUCUCACUUCUUUGACCGAGAGUACUACGAAGACCCGGCGCACAAGCACGAGUUGGAGGAGGGCGUGGACAUGAGCAAGUACAUCGGGGGGGCCAUUGUGGUGUUCGACCUGCACACACAGCAGGUCAAGUGGUCGCAGCACCUGGACCUCACCACCGACAGCACGCAGUUCCGCGCCUACAUCUACUCGGCUCCCACCGUGGUGGAUUUGGAUGGGGAUGGGUUCCUGGAGAUCAUUGUGGGGACGUCCGUGGGCUUCAUCUACUGCCUUGACGCCUUUGGCAAGGUGAAGCCCGGCUUUCCCCUACAAAUGGGGGAGGUGCAGGGGCAGGUGGUGGCAGCAGAUGUGAACCACGACGGCAAGCUCGAGAUCAUUGCAGCCGACACCCGCGGCAACGUGGCCGCCUUCUCCUCGGAGGGCAAGGAGGUGUGGGAGCGCCACCUGGCGUCGCUGAUCGCGCAGGGGCCGAGCGUGGGCGACGUGAACGGGGACGGGUUCACGGAGGUGGUCAUUGGGUCUUCCUCAGGGCACAUCUACGUGCUGGAUGGCAGGACAGGCAAGGAUGUUGGGGCCUUCCCCUUCCGCACGCACGGGCGCAUCAUGGCGCCCAUUCUGCUGGUGGACCUGCACAAGCACGCGGGCGGCAAGGGGCAGCACGUGGGGGCGUCCGCGGGGCUGCAUCUGGUGGUGGUGUCGUUUGAUGGGUUCCUGUACGCCGUGGAUGGACGGACAGGAUGUGCCGACACGUUCGACAUCGGGGAAACCUCGUACAGCAUGGUGCUGGCAGAGAACGUGGAUGGGGGAGACGACUUAGACCUGGUGGUUUCCACCAUGAACGGCGCUGUGUACUGCUUCCAGACGUCCGUGCAGUACCACCCUCUCAAGGCAUGGCCGUCCCAGAACCAGGGGCGCAACGUGUUCUUCCCACGCUACGGCCACGAGGGCAUCUACAUGCUGCCGCACUCCCGCCAGUACCGCGACAUAGGCAAGGACUCCUUCCGCGUCAGCUUCGAGAUCGUGGACGCGCGCAACCCGCUCGGGCACGGCGGGGUGUAUGGCACUCAGAUUGGCCCGUACAAGGUCAAGGUGUGGCUGUUUGAUGAUGCAAAGCGGGAGCUGACACACGAGGAGACCUUCCAGCACGCGGGCGUGCACACGCUGGUGAUCCCCACGCCCAAGCGCCGCACGCACGCCACCUUCUACAUCGAGAUGGAGGACGAGCGCCGCCUGCACUUCCACGAUGAAUUCGCCCUCUCCUUCCACAUCCACUUCUACCGCCUCCUCAAGUGGAUCCUCGCGCUGCCGUUGCUCAUCAUGGCAGCAGCGCUCGUGGCUAGGUCCGCGCCUGAUUCGGGCCCGGACCUGCCCUCUUUUUCCCCUGCCAGUCGCCACCUGGCUUGA